AUGAGCAGGACAUCUACAACUUCAUUACGAUCAAAUAUUUACAAGAAUGUAGAGGAAAAUGGUCGAACGUACCAUCAGUACAAGCAAGGCAAAUAUAAUCUACCAAAUGAUGAGAUGGAAAAAGAGAGACUAGACCUUCAACAUACCCUGUUUUACAUCUCUCUUGGCGAGAAACUCUAUUUAGCACCACUUGGUCCAAAUAUCCAUAAUGUCCUCGACAUUGCGACUGGGACUGGUAUUUGGGCAAUUGAAUUCGCGAAUCUGUUCCCCUCCGCUCAAGUUCUUGGCACAGAUCUGAGUCCAAUCCAACCCGAAUACGUCCCCCCAAACUGCCGCUUCGAGAUUGACGACGCAGAAGACGAGUGGCCUUUCGCUGAAAAAUUCGACUACAUCCACGGCCGGGCCCUCCUCUCCUGUUUCAAAGACCCUAGAGCUGUCCUCACCUCCGCCUUCGACUCACUUGCUCCAGGCGGUUACCUGGAACUCCAAGACGGAGUGUGCCCAUUUUCAUACAUCGGUGACCCGCCAGUGACCUCCGAUUUCUAUCGCUGGAACGAGCUCGUCGUUGAGGGAUCAACGAAGGUCGGGAGACCGUGGACGAAUGUUGUGCAUUACAAGCGCUGGAUGCAGGAAAUUGGGUUCGAGGAUGUGGUAGAGAAGAGCUUCUAUUGGCCGACGAAUGGCUGGGCUAAGGGGAGGCAUUAUAAGCAGAUCGGGGCGUUGUUUCAGGCCGAUAUGUUGAAUGGGAUUGAGGGCAUGAGUCUGAAGAUUAUUGGGCAGCUUGGGUGGACGCCUGAUGCGAUAAGAGAGUUUAUUGUGGGAGUUAGGAGGGACUUAUGUGAUCCUUCAAUUACGUCGUACAUGAACAUCAGGGUUGUGUAUGGACGGAAACCCUCACCGGUUGUGGUUUAA